AUGGCGGUGGGCUGCAUGCUGGUGCUGACUCUGGAAGCUGUAGGGCUGCCCAGGACAGGAGCAGUUCCCGUCCCUGCACCCCUCAAGGACCUCCCAGAUACCCGGGGCUGCCACAUCACCCGGUUCAAGCAUCUGUCCCCCCAGGAGCUGCAGGCCUUCAAGAAGGCCAAGGAUGCCCUUGAGGAGUCACUCCUGCUGAAGGACUGGAGCUGCAACUCCCGCCUCUUCCCCAGGACCUGGGGCCUGAAGGAGCUGCAGGUGUGGGAGCGCCCCGUGGCCUUGAAGGCUGAGCUGGCCCUGACGCUGAAGGUCCUGGGGGCCAUGGCUGACUCGGCCCUGGGGGACGUCCUGGACCAGCCCCUUCACACCCUGCGUGACAUCCACCGCGAGCUCCAGGCCUGUAUGCCAGCCCAGCCCCUGGCAGGCCCCAGGCCCCAGGGCCGCCUCCUCCACUGGGUGCACCGGCUCCGGGAGGCCCCGAAGAAGGAGUCCCAGAGCUGCCUGGAGGCCUCGGUCACGUUCAACCUCUUCCGCCUCCUCAUUCGGGACCUGAAGUGCGUUGCCAGUGGGGACUUGUGUGUCUGA